AUGCUGGAUUUACCGCGUUUGAGGCUACUCGUCAUAUCCAUGAAAUCUUCGGAACGCACGAGUCGUGAAAAUUCGACCUGUCCCAACUCGAAUUUCAAGAACACGAUAGUAACGGUGACGGACACGAGGUCUUUCAUGCCAACCACCAUGUCCGAUGCAUUCAAAAUAUCAAAAAACAGUUUUGGUGUGCGUUCAUGCACCCCGUUCGUCAAGAACAUUGGUUAUAUUCCUCACAAUUUAAAAAACCCCACAAUUUUUGACUACAAUUUUAAGGUCUCAAUCCCAGGAUGGACGAUCGUGGAUGCUAUGCUUGGAUUUGAUAGACAUGCCUCUUACCAAAUAGUAUGCCGGUACUGGCUAAAUGGAAGAGAGGUUAACAAGUUAAUAGUUAACAAAAGGUACACUGAUUUCUAUUGGUUUCACCAAGGACUUGUACGCAAACAUGGAGAUUCUAUUGUUCCCAAGUUGACCCCAAAGCAAUGGCAAGGAAGAUUCGAACCGAAGUUCAUUGAGAAAAGACGCAUAAAUCUUGAAUAUUAUCUUCGGAGUCUUGUAAUGUCACACCGAGAAGAAUUGAUUUCGUUCUUGGAUGGAUGUAGAAAGGGUACGAAGGUAAUAACUGACGGUGGCCCGCAAUUCAAAUCGGAAUGCUUGAGAAACGUCAAAGUCAAGGAUAAUCCACCAAUACGUAGUUGCCUUGCAGUAGGCACUACUCGAUGUCGAAUAAAUAAUCGAGUACAUUUUGCUGACUGGGUUUUGAACAACGAAAAAGCAUCAAGGAAUCCAAAUACCCGAGAACACGUAUCACAGAAUGAAAAUAUAAAGUAUCACAUGUGA